CUCACGUAUAUGUCCUACUUCCAAGUUCCAAUCUUAUCUCUUCUUCCAUGACUUGCCAGUAGCCUCUAUAAAUACAACCUCUUCCAACCCCAAUAUUGCCCCAAACAAACAACACUUCAGUUCCACAAUAUCUCUCUCUCUAUAUAUAUACAAAACACACACCAACACAGAUACACAAACACAACUGUAUAUAUAUUCCAAUGGGUGCGAUGACAAUGGAGGCAAACCUGAGCAGCCACCAAAUGAGAGGCAAAGCUUCCCAACACAAACUCCAAGUAGUUGAGGAAAUUGAGGGCCUCAUCAAGGUAUACAACAACGGCCACGUGGAGCGCCCCGAAAUCGUGCCAAGUGUCGGGUGCUCAUUGGCCCCUGACCUCGGGGUCACGUGCCGUGACGCAACCAUCGACACGUACACCAAUCUCUGGGCACGCAUCUACGUCCCCACCGCCGCCAACAAACUUCCCUUGCUCCUCUACUUCCACGGCGGCGGAUUCUGCGUCGGCGCCGCGUCCUGGGCCUGCUACCACGAAUUCCUCGCCACCCUCGCCGCCAGAGCCUCCUGCGCCGUCGUCUCCGUCAACUACAGGCUGGCGCCGGAGCACCCCCUCCCCGCCGCCUACGACGACGGCGUCAAGGCGGCGAUCUGGGUCAAGCAGCAGGAGUGGGCCGGGAAAUGCGAUUUCUCUCGAAUCUUCCUCGCCGGAGACAGCGCCGGCGCGAACAUCGCCUACAAUGUGGGGCUGAGGGUGGCGAAUCCGAUCGGCUUCGGAGCGAUCAAGGGCUUGGUGAUGAUACAGCCGUUUUUCGGCGGCGAGGCGCGGACGCGGUCGGAGGUGUGCUCGGCACAGCCGCCGCGGUCGGCGCUGACGCUGGCGGCGGCGGACGCGUACUGGCGGAUGGCGCUUCCGGCGGGGGCCGGCCGCGACCACCCGUGGUGCAAUGCGGGAUCGGCGGCGGAGCUUCGGCGGGCGGGGGCGGCGGUGAUGGUGUGCGUAGCGGAGACGGACAUAUUGAGGGAUCGGAAUUUGGAAUUUUCCGGCGGGCUGGCGAGGGAAGGGGUGAGGGUGGUGCAAGUGAUGAGUAAAGGCGUUGGGCAUGCGUUUCAGAUUCUUAAUAAGUCGCAUUUGGCCAAAACGCGCCUUCACGAGUUGUUGUCUCAUGUCAAAAAUUUUGUGGGUAGAUGAUAAGUGGAAUUUAUUAGCCAUGUCACUUUUUAUUUUAUUUAUUAUUGUUAACAAGAUAUGAUGAAGUAGUUAGAACUUGUUCCUGAGUUUAGUGUUUGAGAAGCUUUGUGUUUAUGCACCCUCCAUUUGGGGCAUAGUGGAAGAAGUCUUUUAAGAAAUGACAAAUAACACUCAACUCUCUUACACUAUUAAUCAUGUAAUUCAUGUGUCCCA